AUGGUGCUUUCUACAAACAAUGUACCAGCAACGUUGCCAUACAGAAGACCAGCAAGUCAACAUGGUCAACUAGCAUAUGGACCUUGUGACACAUCACUUUACAGCCAAUCAGUUUGCAAAUUACCCAUCCAAUUAGCAUACAGGCCACCCGGCCAAUUAGCAUACAGACCACCCGGCCAAUUAGCAUAUGGACCACCCAACCAGUCUGGAUAUAGACCUGCAAACCAUUUGGUGUAUAGCCCAGAUCAGGAUUUUCAACGUGGACAGUAUUUGACAGAUGAUCAUAACAAAGUAUCCUUGCCAGAACAUGAGGCUUAUGAAGAUGACCAGCAAAUAUUUGUCCCGAAAACAAGGAGCAAAUCUGUAACAGAACCUGUAUUUCGCAUGGGAAGUCAUGGGGCUCCGUGGAAACAUGUCAAGUCUGUCAUCAACAGCUCAGGCAACCUUAUGUGUUGGAUAGAUGGAUGUGUGAAACAAGAUGAGAACACCUUCUUUCCUAUGUACUGGAGUCGAAACCAAUCCAGGCAGAUGUAUCGCCCACAGGAAAGCAAAUCCAUGUUGAGAAACUCUUACAGCAUGUACAAGGAAAGAGCCAGGGAUGGCUUCAGGCAAUGGCUGCCGAAAAAGCCUGCCGCCACCAAAUUUACAGAUUAUACGAAGGUGCAUGUCCACGGUUACUAGGCGACUUUUGACAUUUAAUGUCACGGCACAAGAUUGUGAAACUCAUACCCACAAUGUUAUUUUUAAAAUAUCGAAAGAGCACGUGACUGUUUAAGGAGUUUUAUAUUCACCAGUAAUAAUUCAUGUAGUUAGAAUGGGUUUAACCACUACCAUGCCUUUUGUCUACCCGAAAAUGUAAAAUCAUCCGAAAAUGUAAAGUAAUUGCCAGGAUUAACAUUUACCAAAACAUUAUUCGAACAUGUAAAUGUGAUCUGUUUUCAGCCACAGUGAAGGGUUUAAAUUUGUAAUAAGUAUUGUAUAUUUUCAUGUCAAGUUUUGAGACAGUUUUAUAUUAUAUUGUUAUUGACAAUUAUUUUAUAUUUUCAGGCGAUUUUACAUUUUCAUGUUGUACACCCUCUGCCCUUCACAAAUAAAACAAUCG